AUUUCUGAAGUCUAGUUUAUUUUAUUGAUUAUCGAUCAGAUGAUUAUGUAAGCUUUUUUUUCAUUAGAUAGUACACAUCCAUUUUAAAUCAUAUGUACUUUAUUACCACCACAAGUACGAUCUCUUUUGAUAGUUUUAAUUCUAAUUGUGUUGCAUUGUUAGUUCAUCAACUUUAACCGGAUGUUCGUGUGACAUUUCUUUCCUUUUUUUAAUCGCAGGAAAAUUUAUUUCAUUCUACGCGAUAUCACAUUUCGAAGUACCAUCUUCAGCUGAUCUUUAUAAAAAUUUUACUUGUCGAAUUUGUAAUUUAUAAAAAUGAAUUACUUCAUGACAUUUUCUGUUUUAUUUUUAACAUAUUUCUUAUUAGAUUUAAGUAACUGCGAUCGUUGUUGUACUAUCAAUUUCCGAAAAUUACCAUCGUAUAAAUUGAUUCGUAUCGGAGUACGUUCGAAUGAAACAAUUAUUUCAAGAAAAAUAGUUCAUCAUUUACACGAGUGCAAAGAAUUUGCUGCAUCGAGAAAAGCAUUGGCAUUCAACUUUGGAUUAAAUAUAUAUUUAAGUGGAAGAACCAAUAAAGGAAGGCAUUUGAGAAAUCUGUGCCAGGCUUUACAAUGUCCAGAAAUAUAUAAUUCUUCGUCACUGAUAAGGGACAAGAAAUAUCGGUAUUACAGCAUGUAUCCUAAUAACAUCGAUUCUGGAGGAGGCACAAUAGUUUGCGUACCAAAAGCAGGAUUAUUUAUAUUAUCGAAUAACAAUUUAAAUUAUACUCAAGCACAAAUAUCUUGUCAAAAAUUAAACGGAUCACUUGCGCAUGUGAUAAGCGAGGAACGUAUGAAUGGCUUGGCUAAAUUUCUUUCACAUAAGAUUUCAAGCUACGUUGGUUUAAGUAACAACGAUGAUGAAGAAAUUUGGAAAAAUUCGUUUGAUGAACCUCUAUCGUGUUUUAAUUACCAUGCAUGGGGCACAGGAGAACCAUCUAAUUCAAAAGGAUGCGUUGCUAUUCUUACAUCCUCAUCUAAUUCGCAUGCUACAUCUUUUUGGAAAGUUACACCUUGUUACGUUUUGUUACCUUACAUAUGUGAAAUUUUUCCAAGAUAUCAAUAAAUAAAGAUAUAAUAUUAUUAACGAAUUAUAUAUAUAUGCGAGUAAUUUUUGUAGAAGGAUAAAUAAAAUUCGAGUCUACUUAUGUACAGAUAUUUAAUCUACGACUACAAGAAUCUUUAGUGUUAUACUUAGAGAACUAGAAUAUUUACAAAUAUGAAUUAAAACAACAUAACUGUAUACGUGCGCACGAUUGACAGAAAACAAGAAGAAAAAUAUAACUCUCAUUCAUUGUUGCUUAUGUAUAUGAAUGCGUUUUUGUGUGUUGUAUAUUUGUUGUGUAUAUA